UUUUUGGUCCAUUUGCAUCUUACAUUUUGACGGAGCUGUUGCAGUAAAAAAGGGGAUUUGAGGUUAAACCACAUUUCUUUGUUUUUACUCAGUCAAACGUCAUUGACAGCCCGUCACCGAGGCGCCAGACUCAAACAAACAGAAACGAGGAGAAGUUGUAAGCAGAAAGACAAUUAACCAAAUUAUAUAGGUUUAAGUGAGCGCAAAGGAAAACUGAAAACAUCCCUGUGUAACUUUAUGAGAUAUUUUCUUCACUCUCCACCAUGAAGACCUCCAAACCAGCACUGCAGACCUGUGCACAGGAGGAGUGUGGUGUUUGGCUGGACACAGUGCAACUUAAAGGAAAAGCUAAACAGAAACGUCACGCCCGUCCCAUCUCUAAACUGCUGAAUCCCUUAGCUGAAGGUAGAGGAUACAGUUUGGCUGUGGCUCUCAGCUUCACUCAGACCAAAAUGGAAAUGCCAAAGACCAAGCAGAGCUCUAUAUCAACCUUCUUCACAGCCCAGCGCAGAGUCCUCAAUAAGAUGUCUACAUCUGAAGUACCAUGCAUGGAUCCAGGGCAGUCCUCCUCUGCAUCUGCCUCAAUUGCAGUUGUGCCUGUUGCAUCGGGGACAAAACGAAGACGAGAAACGUAUCUUGAAAAGUCUGACUCUGAGCCUGACAUGGAUCAUGUGUGGAACAGUGAAAAUGUAACUGAGCCUGAGGCAACAGUGUGGCAGCAGCGAGGUGAAACGCACCAUACACCUUCUCAAAACAUGUACUGUGAGUCUGAAGAAGAGCAGUCAGAGGAGUUUAAUCCACCGCAGAGGAAGCGGAGGUACUUUGACACCUCCUCAUUACCUGGUGACAGUCAGCCACCUCCGCAGGCGUGGAGUCAGGACCCACUGCUGGCCUAUAGCCAGUAUUCUGACAGUGAAUUUCAUCUGACUGAUCAGGAAAACACCACAGCGAAGAACUUCAACGACUCUGAGCCAAGUUUCCUAAACAGUCUACAAAGUGAGGAGGCCUUUGGAUUUCAGAUGGAGCUGAAGGGGAGAACUUCAACACAAAAAUCCUUAAAACACACUCAUUCUUCUCAGGUUGGGGAUGAGAAAGAAAACAGCAGGGUUUAUUAUUCUAAGUCCCCAAGAAAACACUCAUCCUUCACUCACAUCGAACCUCUUUCAAAUCAUAACUGGACAAGAACAAAAACUGCAUCACCUCGAAAACACAGCAGCAGAUCAACCAUGGAAAAAGGCUGACGAAGAGAGAACUUUAAGUGGGCAAAACCAAGCAGCUCUCCUUUCAAAAAACGAGCACCACAGCAGCAAACCCGAGAGGCCACUGAUGAGGACAGUCUGGCCAUGUUGUUUACCCAGGACUCUGAAGGCUUCAGGGUGAUCGCACAUAGAGGUCUGCAAGUCAGGAGUCCACUCAAAGAUCAGAGUAACUUAAGCACUGGGGUUGUGAGAACUAGUGCUUACAAGUUAUUGUUGGAGGAGGACGAGGAAGAUGACAUGCUCUUUACUCAGGACUCUCAGGGAAAUAUGGUGAUCAAACACUGAAGGGAGCAUGUUGAAACUCAGAAUCAUGAGUCUUGCUGUUUGUAGAUACUUAAUCAGUGAUUUUUAAAUGUAUUUGUGCCUCUUCUGAUGUGUAUUAUUGUUUUUCUAUCAACCUGACUGAUUCACUUGCACUUCUUUAAAACUGAUAAGACUGAUGCUCUUCUCUGUGAUUGUCCUCGCACCACUGAAACGUCCCCCAAGGUGCAGCUCCUUUUUGUAACUACACAAACAAGCCAGAACUGAGGGUUUUAAUUUUAUUUGAAAAAUGAUACACAAUGACAUCAUGUUGUUUUCAUGUAAAUUAAACAUUUUGAAAAGCA